AAUCACCAGAGAGGUGGGCUUUGGUUGUAACGCACCAAUCACGAGUCUUGUUGGGUUCAAGGGUUAAAGUUUACAAGAUGGCGGCGACCAAACGAGUGCUGUAUGUUGGUGGUCUCACAGAGGAGGUGGACGAAAAAGUGCUGCACGCGGCAUUCAUUCCGUUCGGGGAUGUCACAGACAUUCAGAUUCCAAUAGACUAUGAAACAGAGAAGCACAGAGGAUUCGCCUUCAUUGAAUUUGAAUUGGCAGAGGAUGCUGCAGCUGCUAUUGAUAACAUGAAUGAGUCGGAGUUGUUUGGAAGAACCAUCCGGGUCAACAUUGCCAAACCUAUGAGGAUCAAAGAGGGCUCUUCUCGUCCAGUUUGGUCGGAUGAUGAUUGGCUGAAGAAGUUCUCGGGAACGACUGUCGAAGACGCUGAGGUUACGGAGUCCACUGGAGAAUCAGCCAAAUCAACAACAGCAGAUGGCGAGCCCCCGGCCAAGAAGGGCAGAACGAACCCCCAGGUUUACAUGGACAUUAAGAUUGGCAACAAGCCAGCAGGGAGACUGCGCUUCCUGCUCCGAGCAGACAUUGUUCCUAUGACAGCAGAAAACUUCCGCUGCUUGUGCACACAUGAGAAGGGCUUUGGCUUCAAAGGCAGCAGUUUCCACCGCGUCAUCCCUCAGUUCAUGUGUCAGGGAGGAGACUUCACCAACCACAACGGUACUGGGGGCAAGUCCAUCUACGGGCGCAAGUUUGACGAUGAGAACUUUGUCCUCAAACACACUGCUGCAGGUCAGCUCUCAAUGGCUAACUCUGGAGCAAACAGCAACGGCUCUCAGUUCUUCAUCACCUGUGAUAAAACGGAUUGGCUGGAUAACAAACAUGUGGUGUUUGGAGAGUUGAUGGAGGGCAUGGAGGUGGUCAAAGCCAUGGAGGCACAAGGAACAAAAGAAGGCAAGCCCAAGCAAAAAGUGAUCAUUUCAGACUGUGGAGAGUAUGUUUGAGUUGAAGUACAGAAGAGUGACUGUUGUAUGUUUGUGUAGCUCUGUGUGUGACUGAAUGUUUGAGAAAAAUGAGCAGUGUCAGACUGCAGAAUUGUUAAAAGGGCAAAUGUGGUAUCAUGUACUGCAGAUGCCCAUGACUCAUCUGCUGUACAUGGAUUGUUCCUGUUGGUUCCACCUUCUCUGUGAUGUAAAUAUUGCAAACACUUUUUUAUAAUGAACAUGAACAGCUUCUGUGUCAAUUUCACGUUUUCCAGAUGUAAAAUGAAACGUUUUUGUUGUAUUUCACAAUACUGUACCAACAUCUACUCACUAUAAAAUUGACCUGUUUUAGAUURGAAUGUUUUUCGUUGUGUAUUUUCUCCCUAAUUUAAAAAAAUAAAAUGUCUGAAAUGAAAGCCUAUGAUCAGCAGCUCCAGUCCAAAUUAUACUGAACAAAAAUAAACACAUGUAAAUUG